AUGGCAUGGGAGUUAACGAUUAAAGAAAAAGACUUGGAAGACAAUGCACCUUCUAUGGAGAACGACGAUGCUGGCAACUCAUUUUCCCCACUUCGCCGCUCACGGUCCAACUCUUUCGAGGCUGAUGAACUUAAUCCGCCGGCACCAAAAAGUCGGUGUGUGACGGUUGAGGAUGUUGCUGAUGAAGGUGAGGUAGUGGGAGGUGGUGGGCGCUAUUUCAAGCAAUGUUCUGAUGGUGGAUGGGCACUGCGGGAAGGGGAAACUGAAUUUGAACGAUACCAGAAGUACAAGGAAGGCAUGGGUGAGGACGAGUGGGCUCCAUUUUGUGACGAGGAAGAGUGGGGUCUCGCUGAGUGGCUUGUAAAAAGCCUUGGGCAGACUCGAACCGAUGAAUUUCUAAAGUUACCGAUUACCCGAAACCGAAUGCAAGCUUCAUUCCACAACAACCGAUCAUUCCUCAAGAAGGUUGAUGAACUCCCACAUGGAGCCACCUGGAGCUGUAAGAAGAUUAGCGUUCAGGGAAAUAGAACAGACGAAAAAGGCGAACCAUUGCACAAAGAUGUUGAACUGUGGAUGCGCAAUCCUGUAGAGUGCAUCAAGGACUUGAUCGGAAAUCCUUUGUUCAAGGAUCAAAUGGUGUACACACCUGCUCGCGCAUACACGGACUCUGCAGGACUCCACCGGGUGAUAGACGACAUGUGGACUGCAGAUUGGUGGUGUGACAUGCAAAAAAAGGUGCCGGAAGGAGCGACCAUCGCGCCAAUUAUUCUUGCAACAGACAAAACGAGUCUGUCGCAAUUCCGAGGCGACAAAACGGCAUAUCCUGUGUACCUCUCUAUUGGAAACAUUGCUAAAGAAAAACGGCGGCAAACAUCAGCACGAGCGACAGUCCUGAUUGGUUACCUACCUUCAGGAAAGCUUGACUGCUUUACACCUGAUGAACGCUCCCUCGCCAACUACCGACUAUUCCAUCAUUGCAUGUCCCUCCUCCUUCAACCCCUUGUUGCUGCAGGUGAAGACGGCGUUGAAAUGGUGUGUGCUGAUGCGUUGAUCCGUCGAGUGUAUCCGAUCCUUGCCGCGUAUGUAGCGGACUUUCCAGAGCAGUGUCUGGUGGCGUGUUGCAAGGAAAACCGCUGUCCAAAAUGUGUAGUUGCGGCGGAUGAAAGAGGCGAUCCACUGGAUUUGCCGAUGUGGGAUCCUGCAGUCAUAAAGGGGAUAUUAGAGAAGCGAAAGACUGGUCACCAUCCUGCUGAAUUUGAGGAAUUUGGACUAUGCACCGUCUAUGCUCCAUUUUGGGCUAAUCUCCCCCACUCUAACAUCUUCCUGGCCUUUACACCCGACCUCCUACACCAACUCCACAAAGGCAUCUUCAAGGACCAUUUAGUUAAGUGGUGCCUUGAUAUUGUUGGCAAAGAAGAAAUGGACGCACGGUUCAAAGCGAUGCCUGAUUAUCCCGGUCUGCGGCAUUUCAAGAAGGGAAUAUCUAUGGUAAAGCAGUGGACAGGGACAGAACACAAAGAGAUGCAGCAUGUAUUUGUUGGGCUACUUGCUGGCGCUGUCCCUAGCCAAGUCACUCUGGCGAUAUUUCACGCCAACAAGGAUGUCUUGCAGCAACUCGAUAUUCGCGACCAUUUUAAUAUUCCCAAAUUACAUCAGCUCUCUCACUACGUUCAGUCUAUCCUAUUGUUUGGCGCUACAGACGGCUUUAACAGUGAACUUCCAGAACGUUUGCACAUCGACUUCGCCAAAGAAGUGUAUUGCGCCAGUAACAAGCGCGAUUAUGAAGAACAGAUGGCCUUAUGGCUCCAGCGCCAGGAGGCAGUCUUCCUGCGUGGUUCCUACCUCAACUGGCUGUUGGAACAGUCUCAGUCGGCACCAACCAAUUUCACUUGUGACCACGGAUAUGACUCGGACUCGGACUCAGAGAUGGAAGGGCCAAACACUGUCCCUGUCAAUACACUUCCCAUCCUCCCUGAGCAACGAACGGUCCACUCUCUCGCUAAGACACCUGCAUACCCUCAGCAUUCGGUUCAGCACCUCGUCACUGCACAUGGUGUGUCCAUGUUCCUCCCAGCCCUUAAGUUGUUUCUGCGCAACCACAUGCCGCACGCUAUCAUUGCCCCUGGUCUGCAAGACCGUUUCGAUGUUUUUCGACAGGUAGUAAUCACUGCUCCGCCUAAUCCACUCAUCAGUGAAUCACCGAGGCAGUGGCGUGUUAGAGCCACGCCUGAAGUGCUUCCUGGACGUGGACGCAAGCCUGGAUCUCCCGCUAAGUUUGAUAUGGCCCUGACAAGCAAUGGCAUUCAGCCGCGCACUUUAGAAGGUAUGCGAGUGGGACAGGUUCGCGUUAUUUUCACUCUGCCGUGUCAAUUUGGGACCUACUCGCGAGCCUUAGCUUACAUUGAGUGGUUCACACCACUCAGGGAGCCAGACCGCUCAUCUGGCCUGCACCAAUUGUCGUGUUCGACUUGUUGGCUGCACCGGAAUGCAGCGGUGAUACACAUCGAUGAAAUCGCUCGUCCUUGCCAUCUUAUUCUGAGGAUGAGACAAGCUGUUGACCGUGGAUGGACUAGCGCAAAUGUCUAUGAGUCCGCAAGUGAUUUUUACUUAAAUAGCUUUAUUGACAUUGAUACAUUCUGCAUGUCCGCUAUUGAUUAG